GGGCGGGCUAACAAGAUGGCGGCGCCCAGGAGCCGGUGAGGUGAGAGGACGCUGGGGUCCUGGGGACUGCUGCACCAGUGCGUUAUGGCCGCGUCCCCGCACACUAUUUCCUCGCGCCUCCUCACAGGCUCAGUAGGACGAAGUGUCUGGUAUUUAGAGAGAAGAGCUAUACAGGGAUUGCCACACAGGGUCACACGUCUGUUCAGGAAUGUCACUAAUCAGUGGGUCACGGUUCAGCACUUGAGCUUCCUCAAGCGCAUGUAUGUCACACAGCUGCACAGGGGCCUUAACCAGCGAGUCAAACCAAAACCAGCGCCGCCGGCUUCUCCUCUUCUUGAGCACACAUCUUCAGGGCAGGCUAGAGCAGAAGUGGAUGAGCUGCCACCUUUCCCAGCACCCAGUCUGCCUCUGUCCCAGAAGCCAAAUGAGUUGAUGGAGCUGGAGGCGACCUCCAUAGUGGACCAUUCCCUCGACACAGCCAAAGAGCAAAAGGAAGAAAGGCAGUGGAAAGAGAUGAAGCUUCACACCGAUGAUCUGCCUGGCAUUUUGGCCCGGCUGUCCAAGAUCAAACUCACAGCUCUUGUGGUAAGCACCACUUCAGCAGGCUUUGCACUGGCUCCAUGCCCAUUCGACUGGUCCUGCUUCCUGCUCACUUCCCUUGGAACCGGCCUCGCAUCCUGUGCUGCCAACUCCAUCAAUCAGUUUUUUGAGGUGCCGUUUGACUCAAACAUGAGUAGAACAAAGAACAGACCUCUGGUUCGUGGACAGAUCAGCCCACUGCUAGCCGUGUCUUUUGCCACCUGCUGUGCUGUACCAGGAGUGGCCCUGUUGACCUGGGGAGUGAAUCCACUGACCGGGGCCUUGGGGGUCUUCAACAUUUUCCUGUAUACUUGUUGUUACACACCACUGAAGAGGGUCAGCAUCGCCAAUACCUGGGUUGGAGCCGUGGUUGGUGCCAUUCCUCCUGUCAUGGGCUGGACAGCUGCCACUGGAAGCCUCGAUGCUGGAGCACUUCUUCUGGGAGGGAUCCUGUACUCCUGGCAGUUCCCCCACUUCAACGCCCUGAGCUGGGGCCUCCGUGAAGACUACUCCCGAGGAGGCUACUGCAUGAUGUCUGUCACCCACCCAGCCCUCUGCCGGCGGGUGGCCCUGCGCCACUGCCUGGCCCUGAUUGCUUUGUCGACUACUGCCCCUGUCCUGGACAUCACCACAUGGGUCUUCCCUGUCAUCUCCCUCCCUAUCAACCUGUACAUCUCCUACCUCGGCUUCCGCUUCUAUGUGGACGCGGACCGCAAGAGCUCAAGGAAACUGUUCUUCUGUAGCCUGUGGCACCUGCCCCUGCUCCUGCUGCUCAUGCUCACCUGUAAGCAGCGGCCAGGUCAGGAGGGGGACAAGGGAGAGGCUCCGAGCUGAAAGGCAGCCAGUCUGUGGGGACCAUGAGAGCAGACACAUGCAGACACACGCAGGUACAGCACUGCCCCGGGCCAGCAGGAAGGGUAUUGUGGUUCCAGCAAGAGGGGAACUGAGUGGUGUCAUCUGGUGCUGUGUCUUCACUUACCAGUGCUUUUAAUGUCAGUCAGACUGCUUCCCAGAUAAGAAAGGACUAGCAUACGGAGUCAGUACAGAAGAAGAAGAUUUCUUCUCCUCAAAGGUCUUUAUGCACCUUUUCCUCCAGCCCUGUGUUCUCUCCCUCACAUGAUGUAUAUGCACAUCUUCCUCCCCAUCCCCACCCCAGUCCCCCCCCCACACACACAUACCCCACCUGGAGGCCACCAUGGUCGUUGCUCAACCAGGCAAGUGCUUGUGACCCCAACCUCUGAAGUCCUGCAUCCUGAAGGUCCUAUACACUGCCUCAGAAGAACACAUAGUUUGGCUACAGCACCCCUUCUCGGCCAGUGAGAUGGGGCCUGACUAGCUUUCCCUACCUACCAGUGUUCUCAACCGUGAAUUCCCUCAAGUAUCAGAACUCCUUGCCUGGGCUGCUCACCGGGAGUGAGGAUUCCAAACAGUUGCCUGUGGAAUCCCAGGCUGCGUUGCCAGCACCCACCAUCACUUCAAUCCCACCCCAUAUCAGGACUUCAGAAACCCCAGGAGACACACCGCAUGUUCAUCAUUCUCUCAGGCGUGGUCUAAGCAUUUCUUUGUGGAAGGGCAUCACUCAGCAUAAUCUGAGGGAGAGGGUGAACUGGGUCAGCAGCCAUUUUGCGCCCAUUCUUAUCCCUUUUGUGCAAACCACAUUUCCACACUUUGCCUCCUGAGUCCAGAAAUUGGCCUCUGUGCCCAGUGGUAUUCAGAGAGGGCCAGCUGGGCUCCUAGUGGCCAUGAGUCCAGUUCUGGGACUUCAUGGCCUCUAAUAGAAAAUGCAGGUACCUGUAAGUCGUCAGUCUGUUGUGUACUCCCUCAGGCCCACAGAGAGGAAUGUUGCCUUAAAAUUGUGGAGCUUGGCAGUGUUUGAGUCAAUGAUCUCCCAGGGUACUGUGCCCUGUCAGGAUUCCUUCAAGGGGUGGUUUAAACCACGUGAAAAACGGUUCUUGAAUUUGGACUAUUCUUAAAAUGUGGAAGGCUUGAGCCAUGGCUCAAAGGGAGAGCACUUGCUUAGCUCUGGACUCAGGGUUUGAACUCAAGCAAAACAAAAAAGAGGGGGUGGGGAGUAGGAUUGUGUCUAGAGCGACUGCGGACAGGGUGCCUGGUACCUCUUUCUACCUAUUGUAACCUUACCUCCUGGCUGUUUCCUGUGGGAACAGGGACUGAGGAUGUCUGCAAAGAGCAUCUAGGACUUGUUGUAGCUUUUAAGCCUGUAAAGUGUUGAUUCUCCUCCUCCUGUAAUAAAACAGUUACCGGAGAAUACAA